AUGGGUUCUCCUGGCCUUGUCGCUCCUGAAAACUGGACAGAUCAAACUGUGAGAUGUGCUGUUUUAGCAUUGCUCAAAGAGAUGAGCCAAUCAACUCUUGCCAAACAAUGUCCUCUAACUCAGUCAGCGAUUUCUAAUAUUGCAAACUGGAAAUAUGCAAGUAAACUGAGUGACGAAAAAUGUAAGGAAUUUGGUGCAUGGUACAAACAAUACAAUUCAAAGAAAGAAAUCCGGAGCGAGGGCUUUGGUGUACCUAAAGAUUCAAGAUUGACCUUCCAUCCUCAACAUGAGAUUCCGCAGAUGAGAAAAUGGUAUACAUCUUGUAAAACCCCCUCAGACGAAAAAUUAAAAUUUUUUGCCGCUGAAUUAAAUAAGGGUCAUGUGAGACAGGAGAGACCGAACGUGACGGUGGCGAGAUUAAAAAUAUGGUGGAAAAAUGAACGGCAACGGGAAAAGCGUCAGCAACACCAAGCUCAAACCGAAAACGAGGCUGAGGAACGGGGAGGUUAUGAUGCAGAUCCACAACCUUAUACUUCAAGCAACCAACAACCUUCAACUUCAAGCAACCAACAAUCUUCAACUUCAAGCGAAACUCCUUCAACAUCAAAAUCAUUUGCCGAGUUAAGGAAUGUAUCUAGUGAAUUGCUUGCUUCAGAAUUAUUAUGUAGAAAUAGUUACUCUAGUGACGGAUCUAGUGCUGGCGACCCUUUUUUAUGA